AGCGCAGGCUGUGCUCCCCGCCCGCCCCGCGCCGCGCCGCUGCUGCUCGGCUAACGGGCUCCCACUCGGCGAGCUGUGUCCUCGCGUCCGGCUGCCCGGCUGUCCGGCUGCCCCUCCGCGCCAGGAGGCCUCCGCCGCGCGUGUUUCCUGCUACAGAAACUGAGACCAUGGCCAAACCAGGACAGGGCGCCAAGUACCGGGGUUCCGUUCACGACUUCCCUGACUUCAACCCCAGCCAGGAUGCCGAGGCCCUGUAUACCGCCAUGAAGGGCUUUGGCAGUGACAAGGAGGCCAUACUGGAGCUGAUCACUUCCCGCAGCAACAGGCAGAGGCAGGAGAUCAUCCAGAGCUACAAGUCCCUCUAUGGCAAGGACCUUAUCGCUGACUUGAAGUAUGAGCUGACGGGGAAGUUUGAACGACUGAUUGUGGGUCUGAUGAGGCCGCUUGCCUAUUGUGACGCCAAAGAAAUUAAAGACGCUGUCUCCGGCAUUGGCACCGAUGAGAAGUGCCUCAUUGAGAUCUUGGCUUCCCGCACCAACGAGCAGAUCCACCAGCUGGUGGCAGCAUACAAAGAUGCCUACGAGCGAGACCUGGAGGCUGAUGUCAUUGGUGACACCUCUGGCCAUUUCCAGAAGAUGCUCGUGGUCCUGCUCCAGGGAACCAGGGAGGAGGACGACGUAGUGAGUGAAGACUUGGUGCACCAGGACGUCCAGGACUUGUACGAGGCAGGGGAACUGAAAUGGGGAACAGAUGAAGCCCAGUUCAUUUACAUUUUGGGAAAUCGCAGCAAGCAGCAUCUUCGGUUGGUGUUUGAUGAGUAUCUGAAGACCACAGGGAAGCCGAUCGAAGCCAGCAUCCGAGGGGAGCUAUCCGGGGACUUUGAGAAGCUGAUGCUGGCUGUGGUGAAGUGCAUCCGGAGCACCCCGGAGUAUUUUGCUGAAAGGCUUUUCAAGGCCAUGAAGGGCCUGGGGACUCGAGACAACACGCUGAUCCGCAUCAUGGUCUCCCGUAGCGAGCUGGACAUGCUUGACAUUCGGGAGAUAUUCCGGACUAAGUAUGAGAAGUCUCUGUACAGCAUGAUCAAGAAUGACACUUCUGGCGAGUACAAGAAGGCUCUGCUGAAGCUGUGUGGGGGAGAUGAUGAUGCUGCUGGCCAGUUCUUCCCGGAGGCAGCGCAGGUGGCCUAUCAGAUGUGGGAGCUUAGUGCAGUGGCCCGAGUAGAGCUGAAAGGAACUGUGCGCCCAGCCGAUGGCUUCAACCCUGAUGCAGAUGCCAAAGCGUUGCGGAAAGCCAUGAAGGGCCUUGGAACUGACGAGAGCACCAUCAUCGACAUCAUCACGCACCGCAGCAACGCCCAGCGGCAGCAGAUCCGGCAGACGUUCAAGUCUCACUUCGGCCGGGACUUGAUGGCUGACCUGAAGUCCGAGAUCUCUGGAGACUUGGCGAGGCUGAUUCUGGGGCUCAUGAUGCCACCUGCCCAUUACGAUGCUAAGCAGUUGAAGAAGGCCAUGGAGGGAGCUGGCACAGAUGAAAAGGCUCUCAUCGAAAUUCUGGCUACUCGGACCAAUGCCGAAAUCCGGGCCAUCAAUGAGGCCUAUAAGGAAGACUAUCACAAGUCCCUGGAGGAUGCUCUGAGCUCCGACACAUCCGGCCACUUCAGGAGGAUCCUCAUCUCUCUGGCCACGGGCAACCGUGACGAGGGGGGAGAAGACCGGGACCAGGCCCGGGACGAUGCCAAGGUGGCUGCUGAGAUCUUGGAAAUAGCAGACACGUCCAGCGGGGACAAAACUUCCCUGGAGACGCGUUUCAUGACGAUCCUGUGUACACGUAGCUAUCAGCACCUCCGGAGAGUCUUCCAGGAGUUCGUCAAAAUGACCAACUAUGACGUGGAGCACACCAUCAAGAAGGAGAUGUCUGGGGAUGUCAGGGACGCAUUUGUGGCCAUUGUUCAAAGUGUCAAGAACAAGCCUCUCUUCUUUGCCGACAAACUUUACAAAUCCAUGAAGGGUGCUGGCACGGAUGAGAAGACCCUCACCAGGAUCAUAGUCUCCCGGAGCGAGAUCGACCUGCUCAACAUCCGGCGGGAGUUCAUUGAGAAAUACGACAAGUCUCUCCACCAAGCCAUUGAGGGCGACACCUCCGGAGACUUCAUGAAGGCCUUGCUGGCUGUCUGUGGGGGCGAGGACUAGGGCACCGACUUUGGUGGGGCCCUCUGCCGAGAAAUUCAACAGCCCCAGCCGCCAUGACCAAGCCUGACUGCUCUAGCUCCGGGGACUAAGGAAGAGACAGGGGUGGGGGGAGGGGGUCAGGGGUGGGCUCUUAUCUUUAACUGGGGUUUAGGAAAGGCUCCCACUACCACGGGUCGCUGAGGGCCCUGCACGGUCACUCCUCACAUCUGAGCACCUGAAGAACCGUUGCCAUAGAUGCCAUCCAUCUCCAAUCCUCGUCUUCCUCCUCAGCCCUCCCCGGCUUCUGUCCCUUGCCACAGCCCCUGCCCUGGUUUGGGCUUUGUCAAAUCCUAAAACAUACUGAGCCUCCUGUCUGUGAAA